AUUGAGUUAAUGUUUAUUGGAUAUAUUGAAUCUCAUGAUGCUGUUUGUGAUACUAUUGUUUGUCUGCUCCACGGCGCUCAAGGAUUUUAAGUUUGGAGUGGACAAAACCCAGUAUGAGGCAGGGAAGACACAGUUUGAACUCUUACAGACCCAGUCACAUAUGCCAGAGUACGGGAAAUGCUGGACAAGUACCGUGGUGUCGCUCCAGGAGGGCUGUAAACACUUGACUGACGUCACACAGAGUAGGCUAGCUCUGGCCUACCUGAACUGUUUUCUUCAAGUACAGGGGCGCGAACCUUAUCCUUGUGAUGAAAGCAUGCGUGUAAGAGAAUGCAUGCUUGACAUUACAGAGUCCGACCGAUCAUCCCUCGCUACCUUUUUCACGCACACUCAGAAUAUCUGUUACUUCCUACAGUCGCAAGUUUGGCAUGAGAAUACGCAGGCUACCAUAACCCGUCUCAGUCAGACCUCGAGGGAGGUAGCAGAGAACCUCGCUGCUACAACAGAAUUACAGAGAGAGGCUCUACAUAAUCAGGAAAUCAUUAUUCAACAGUCCGUGAAUCUCAGUCAUGUGAUCAACUCCUCAUCCGAAAAUCUCCAUGCUGUUAUCUCUGACUUUCGUAAAACAACGGAUGAGCAGCGACUCCUCAUCAAUGACAUAUUUGACAAGAUUGCAAGCCUUCAGAGAACGAUGCUGGGAGAGUUCUCGGGGUUUUACUCCAUUGUGUAUUACACCAUGUCAGUGUUGUUGUCUUAUUUAGUGACGUCCACCCCCCGCACGGGUUCUGCUCGGUUCUGGAUGUUUGGCAUCGUGACUGCAAAUAUCCUAGUAGAAAGACUCAUUAUCUACGUUUGCACCAGUGGACUAUUGGUGGUCAAUAAUAGUGAGGAGGCUGCCUACAGUUGGCAUAUUUUCUGCCGUAAAGUCAGUGGUGUUAUUGCGGUGGUUGUCCUGGUGAUCCAUGCAGUCAGAUACCGCGACCUCAACGCACUUAACAACCAGCUGCUUUUGGACAUCAAAGCAGAGCUUUGUCAUCUACGGGGGAAGGACCAAGCCCUCCCAUUGGAUGAAAUAGAUCACAUGUCUCCGGCAGACUCAGACCCCCUUCAGAUAAUCCGAAGGGUUGCCCAGUCCCAAGCAUCAGCCCUUGCAGAAGGUACUGAUGAAUCCGACUCUGCCUGGAGUAGUUCUUCAGAUCUCUCCGACUUGGAGGAAUCGUCGUCACAGUACACAGAUGUCAGCUACCGACCCAACCAUAGAGCCACAGAAAUGGGGGAUAACUCCUCCACCGCCUCAAUGAGUCACACAGAGUCCUCCUCCAUCGACAAGGAAGAGCUGGAAUUCCUGAGAAACUCCACCCCUUUACAUGAUGGGAAACUCCAGAGGAUGCAGACCUGGAGUCAGACAGGAUACUAUGUCAAUAACACAAGGGAUGGCUCUUCCCCUGUCUCUCCAUCCUCCCCCGGUUCAUCUACGCCAAAAUACAACUUACGUCAGAGAACGCUGACCCAAAUAAUGAACCCUGCCCUCAAAGAAGAAUCGCCCAAGACCUUCCAACGUCAAGUGAGAAAUCUUGAACGUUUAGCAAUGAAGAACAGUAGCACCUUGAGGGAAAAGCUCAAGAGGGUCAUUGCUGAUUCCCAGUACAGGAUAGAGGAGAAAAAUUGAAACAGCUUUCUAAGAUGUGUUCAUUUAUUCACUGUGUAUAAGGAGGUUGGAGGUCAACAAAUAAGCCAUCAAAUAUACCUAAAAUUUGAAGAUAUGUAUGAUUUGUAGUAAAAAAUAUCCGUGUAUUCCAUGUAUUCAAUUUGGGUAUUUUUUUCUAUAUUUUUAUAUACAGCUUCCCUUCUAAAGAUCAGUGCUGUCUAAAAAUGGCCAUGACUAUCAAUCCUUCUUAAGUGGUUUUAACUCCAUGCUAAUAUUUCUUAUCCUAAUGGUUUUGAUUUCACACUUUAGAAAAAUCUACUUAACAAUGACUUCUACUGGCCGAUAUAUAAAGAAAGGCAGCAGUUGCAAUGAGUUUAACUUUGAAUCUUCAUUAACUUAAGAAUGCUUGAUGAUUGUGGCAAUUUGUAGGCUAUAUUUACCUCACUAAGACGAAGAGCUCUUUAUAAAGAUAUAGUGAAAUGCGCAAAUUUUUAAGCUCUAAAUUUGGAUUUUUUUUCUUUACGAAGUAAAAUAUCAUCAUUCAAAAUUUAAGGCAGAUUUGAUGGUCAACUUGCUAACCACUCAGCCUCUUUAAUGGUAGAAAGUUUGUUUUUUAUCAUUUUAAGGGAAAUUUCUUCCCCAUUAGUGCUGGUUCAAGUACUUAAAGAUGAACACCGCUAGUAAAUAGGCACUGUCAGCCAUAUUUCUCUUUAAUCACUGCUGUCCCUACUACCCCUAUAUAAAGCGCAGACCUCGGAACAGUUCAAAGUACUUUGCUGUAGAGGUCUCACCUGUGUGGAUGUACAUCUUGCCCCACCGUGUUACUCUGUCACAAUGAAAUUAUCAAAUUUUACACACUUUUUUCAAGCCAGGAGAAUACUAACAUCAAAUAGAUUGGUCAAUGCAUUAUUUUCAAACAGAAUAUGCACAUAGAAUAAGAAAUAAAUGCAUAAAAUCUGAAGAUCAUGAAAGAUAUACCGGUACUACACAUCAGCCACGAGCUUCAGGUGUGCAAUCAGAUGUAAUGAAAUCGAAGGGUUUAUAUACCAGGUACCGGUGUGGCGGUGCCUAUUUAUGAGCGGUGUUCAACUUUAAUGUGUUCAGAGACCGUGAGGGUGGGUAUGUGGACCCUCAUUACACUGCAAUAUUUUGGCAGAAUUUUUUAAGUUUUUGAUUUUAGUUAUUUUGAAGACACUUUAAAAUUUUAAAAUUAGGUUGAGUUGUGUUAAGUUGUAUCAAUAGAUUAAGUAGCUUUGAUCAAACAAUGAUAAGUUGUAACUGGUUGUGUCUGUAAUUAUGAUGUUGUUUUUCCUUAUUACAUGUACAUGUAUGAGAUUUAUUGAUAUGCCUACACUAUUUAAGUACUGGCAUAUACUGGUAUUAAAGUAGGUCUGUUUUUGUUUAGAUGUCUUUAUUCUGGAGUUUUCCUGUGUUCUGUUUCUGAUUUGCUGUGAUUGUUUUUUUAUACCUCCCGCAAACGAAGUUUGGGGGGUAUAUAGGAAUCACCUUGUCCGUCCGUCUGUCUGUCCGUCCGUCUGUCUGUGCAAAAUUCGAGUCUGGUCCAUAUCUUUCUUAUGGAGAAGCAUUGAAUGUUCUUACUUCACACAAAGAUUGCUUAUGACCUGAGGGUGUGUCAUGACCUUGACCAAAGGUCAUUUGGGCAAAGUCAAGGUCACUGGCAGAAAAGUUCAAUAUUCAUGUCUGGCCCAUAUCUUUCUUAUGGACAAAUAUUGGAAGUUCUUAAUUCACAUAAAGAUUGCUUAUAACCUGAGGGUGUGUCAUGACCUUGACCCAAGGUCAAUUGAGGAAGAUAAAGGUCAUUGUUUAAAAAAUUCUUAAUUUCUGUCUGUGUCAUGUCUUGUAUUAAUGGAAAUAAUUAGAAGCUAAAAUUUGACACAAAGCUUGCUUGUCUCAGGCCACAUAAAAUUAUUUUAAUUUAGACUUUCAUCCCCGUCUCUCUGAAAAUGGCCU